AUGACUGAGACUGAUACUGGCCUGCCCCCUGAUUGGGAGGUCCGCCACUCCAACUCCAAGAAUCUGCCCUACUACUUCAACCAGAAGACGCACGAGUCGAGAUGGGAGCCCCCUGAAAAUGCCGAUACCGACAAGCUCAAGGUCUACAUGGCGCAGCAUCACAGCUCGUCGGCCAACGCCCGCAUCGAUGGAGCUGCCAGUGAAGGGAAGAUCCGUGCAGCCCAUCUCCUGGUCAAGCACAUAGAUAGCCGGCGUCCCUCAAGCUGGAGGGAGACCAACAUUACCCGCUCAAAAGAAGAGGCGAUCCAAAUGUUGAAGGGUUACGAGGACCAAAUCCGCUCUGGGGAGAAGACCCUGGGCGACCUGGCCGUCUCCGAGUCGGACUGCAGCAGUGCUCGGAAGCGUGGCGACCUGGGUUUCUUCGGCAAAGGACAGAUGCAGAAGGAGUUUGAGGAUGCAGCAUUUGCCCUGCAGCCGGGCGAGCUGAGUGGUGUCGUCGAGACAGCCUCCGGGGUGCACCUCAUUCAACGAAUUCAGUAA